UGCGUCUUCCUUUCUUCUUUGGAGAGGGAUACGACCAAAGCUUUCUCUCUCUCUUUUCCUAGAUGCUUAGAAGGAAAUCUCUUCUUCUUGAUUGAUCGAUUCAUUCGUCAUCAAGAAGAAGAAGAAGAAAAGCAACAAAAAGGGAGAGAGGCGAGAAAAAGAAGUUUCUGCCCCAGGGAUAAAAGGGGAAAAUUUUAUCACCAUGGACUUGACUCCGACUACAACGAUAACAGCUGCUGCCACGGCUGUCAACGACAUAGAGUCAGCCGUUGAUCCCUUCUUGGUUGAGGCUCUUCAGAAUCCUCGUCAUCGUCUAACUAUUCUGCGGAUGGAACUUGAUAUCCAGAGGUUCUUGCAACAAUCUGACCAGCAUCAGUUUGAGUUCCAACAUUUUCCCACUUCCUACCUGAGGCUUGCAGCACAUCGUGUUGCUCAACACUAUGGGCUGAUAACUGUGGUUCAAGAUAAUGGUUUAGAUGGCCUGGGAAGCAGAAUCAUGGUGAAGAGAACAGGUGAAAUCAGAUGCCCUGCUGUCCGCUUGUCUGAAGUUUCAGCUAAACACUCAGAAAAUGAUAAACCUGAGCGGAUUAAAAUAGCUAUUAGGCCCAGGCCAAAUAGUGGAUCUUUAAAUGAAGCUAAUCAAAUUGGUAUCAAGAGAAGUCCUGUGAGAAGUGUGGAAGAGAGGAAGGAAGAGUAUGACAGGGCUCGAGCACGUAUUUUCAGUAGCCCUAGCAGUUCUGAUUCUGAUGAUUCUUCGCCUCAGAUUUCUGUUGAUGGAAAAAAUGAAUCUCUGAUCAGAGAUGAGGAUGAUAAUUGCCGGAACUCUGUGGUUGAUCCAGAGAAAAAUAUUACUGUCCGUGAUGGUACAUGUCGAGUAGCCAUUUUCAGAGACAGAGAGAAGGAUCGUACUGACCCAGAUUAUGACCGGAGUUAUCAAAGGUAUGUUAGAAGCAUUCCAUGUAACCAGAGCUUUGGCUUGGCUCCUUACGAUAUGCAGAAGAUUCAGAUUCCAUUCCUUCAGUAUGAUUCUGCUUUUCCUCAGUUGGGUCAGAUUCCAAGUACUCAAGCUUCCCUCAACUAUGGCAUUCCUGCAAGCCCAGCUGUGAGCCCUUUUUCUGCGGUGGGAUUGAAUCAAACUUCUAGAGAUGGUGCUUAUAUGCAGUGGCCAAGUGCUACAAUGAUGUAUUCACAUUCAUAUGAUCAGUUUAGACAUGCUGUGUUCCAGGCUCCAUUUUGUCACCAACCUCUGAGCUUUGAUUACUUGCAGAAUCGUUAAAUGGUACUAGUGCUUAACUGAGUAAUAUUAUGCAAAUUUCUCUACCUGUUAGGGUUUUAGUGUUGAUGAAUUUCUAGGUUCAUUGUUUAAAGACACUCUUAGACCAUUUAUCCCGUUCAUUUAGCUUCUUUGGUUUUUUUUUAUAAUGGACUAUAAUCUCAGUUAAGGAGUGUAACAAGGGUGCUUUUACUCUGUUUGCCAACUUGUUUAUUAUUUGCCUUGAUUUACUGGUGGAUGUCAUAUUGUGAGGAAAA